AUACUCAGAUCAUCAAAAAAUCAUUGAAAUCGGGCCAAGGCAGAGCCUUCAUAUGUACCCCGCCUACAACAAAUAUUCAUCCCACAAUCCACAGGGAAAACCCGCCCUUUCAACUACCCACGACUCUGAAAAAAUCACCGAUAUGUCGUCGACCAACCAAGAUGCAGCCUCGCUGCAAUACACUUGCAACACCUGUCUUGUUGCCUUCCAACGCAGCGAGGCGCAGAGAGAUCACAUGCGCAAAGACUGGCAUCUAUACAACAUGAAGCGUCGCAUCGCUUCUCUGCCACCCGUCACUCUCGAAACUUUCAACGAAAAAGUACUCGCCGCCAAAGCUACAUCCAACGAGGCUGCCGCUAAGGCUUCUUACGAAAAGACCUGUCAUACCUGCAACAAGGCAUUCUACAGCGAAAACUCGUACCAAAAUCACAUCAAAAGCUCAAAGCAUAAGCAACGUGCGGCUAUCCUACGUAAGGAUGGCGAUGCUGCCUCCGUUCAGAGUUCCGCUUUCUCUCUCGGCGAACCCGUGACCAAAUCCGACAAUGACGUCAGCAAGGUCACCGAGGGCCUCAAGACUACGACCAUUGAUGAAGAAGAAGAAGACGAGGAUAUGGAAACAGAUAUCCAGAAAGAUGACUUCUUGCCAUCUCGCUGCCUCUUCUGCAAAACCGAAUCAACCGAUAUUCACACCAACGUGGACCACAUGCGCAAAGAUCACGGCAUGUUCAUCCCCGAACAAAAAUAUUUGGCGGACCUCGAUGGCCUCGUGAACUAUCUCUACCGAAAAAUCACCGAAAACUUCGAAUGUCUUUACUGCCAUGCCAUCAAGAACGACGCACAGGCCAUCCAAACCCACAUGCGCGACAAGAGCCACUGCAUGAUUGCCUUCGAAUCCGAAGAAGAACAAGUUGAAAUUGGCCAAUACUACGAUUUCCGGAGCACCUACUCCGACGAUGAGGAUGAAUCCACUGCUGAGAGCGGCGGCGUCAAAGUGAACCCCGAUGGAGAGGACCAAGGUUGGGAAACCGACAGUUCCGCAUCCUCCGACGAUGAGGACGAUCUUGACUCAUACCGAAACGCAUCUGGUGCCUACGAGGCAGAUUACGAGCUCCACCUUCCAUCUGGAAAGAGUGUUGGCCAUCGUUCGCUUGCCAAAUACUACAGGCAAAACUUACACAAAUACCCCUCGGCCGCCGAACGAGCUGCCCGCCAGCUUGCCAUCGCGAAUGGAGAAGUUGAGGAGGAGCCACCUCGUGUCCGCAACAACCAUCACCGCGCUCUUGUCACUCGUGCCAACGGUGGCAUGGGCAUGAUUGGAGUCACCGAAGAGCAAAAGGAAGCUGCUCUCAUUGCCGACCGCCGCGAGAGAACUCGUGCCCUUCGCCAAGAGAAUCGCUAUGUUGCCCGUGUCCAGCGUGCCAACAAUCACCAGAAGCACUUCCGCGAUCCCCUUCUGCAAUGA